AUGCCCUAUCCCAAUGGCAUCCCCGGUGUUCCCGGCUCGGCCCCGCAACAGCAACAGCAGCAACAACAACAACUUCAAGAUCCGUCAAACAUCAAGUUGACUCGAGGCACCAGCUGUGUUCUAUGCCAACAACGCAAAGUCCGCUGUGAUAAGAAUAAACCAUGUGCCAACUGUGUUAAGGCCAAGGUUGAGUGCCGGGUUAUACCUCCUCAGCCCCCUCGUCGUCGGAAGAAGCGCCUCCAAGAAAAGGAUCUGAUCGAGCGUCUCAAGAAAUAUGAAAACCUUUUAGCCGAGCAUGGGGUUAAGGUCGAUGCCAUCGGCCACGAGUUAAGGCCUGAUGGUCCCCCAGGUGAGGAUGUUGAUGAGCUGGAGAACGACUUUGAAGGUCUCAAGACAACCCCUGAAGCUAGCUCGUCCCCUGCUCCAUCCAACGCAGAGCAAAAAACCGGUGGUGGAGCGUGGUUUUCUUAUCACAAAGAGUUUCGAGCAAGUGAACAUAUGCUCCAAGACUCAUCCGAUGAAGAACCUGAGGUGGGAUCUACCAUUCAUCGUGCCUUUGACCGCAUGUUUGCUACUGACGGAUUCCCUUUCAUUGUCGGGGCUACCCCUGUUCCCAUUGUUAACCUGCACCCUUCUACCAUACACAUUUUUCAACUAUGGCAAAUCUACAUCGACAACAUUAACCCAUUGCUUAAAAUUACACAUGUACCAACUGUCCAGGGUCAGAUCAUCGAAGCAAGUUCCGAUAUCGAAAACGCACCUAAGAACAUUGAGGCUCUCAUGUUUUCCAUGUAUCUAAUGGCAAUCACAUCACUGGAGGAAGCCGAUGUUUACAGGAGAUUUAACGAAACCAAAAAGGAACUCUUAGCGAGAUACCAUGCUGGCACCCAGCAAGCGCUUACAGCAGCUGGGUUUAUGCGAGUCAACGAUCCCAUUUUGCUGCAGGCGUAUAUUCUCUACCUGUUUGCUGUUCGGUGGUUUGUUGACCCUCGACAGGUCUUCUGCUUGAUUGGGUUGGCUGUCCGUAUUGCUCAACGAAUGGGUCUUCAUCGAGACCCGGCUCAGUUUGGCUUGCCACCAUUCGAAGUUGAGCAACGCCGUCGGCUAUGGUGGACGCUGGUUGGAUACGACCGGCGACUAGGAGAGAUGGCUGGAUCAACUGUCACUGCCCUCUCUACCGGUGGUGACUGUAAAAUACCAAUGAAUGUCAACGACUCGGACUUACACGUCGAUGGCAAAGAAUUCCCCACUCCCCACACCGGUCCAACUGAAAUGCUCUUUUCCCUCACAAGAGUUGAGCUUGCAAUGGCUGUUUCGAGCGAUAGCAAUCGCGACAGCUAUAAAAUGAACAACCCAGACAAGAGCCCUGGGGGGCCAGCUGCCAACAAAAACCAGGCAACAAUCCGUCUUGCUGGCCAAGAUGGGCCUGUAUAUACUCUCGACGGGUACUGCGCGCAUAUCGAGGGCACUUAUCUCAGCCAGUGCGAUCCCAAGAUCCCUCUGCACUUCUUUACCCUUACAAUGACUCGUCAAGCCAUGUGUAAGAUGCGUAUUAUCAGCUUUCUUGUUCGAAUGCAUAGCAACGACGACAAUAUCCCGCUCAAGGAUGUUGAGAGAGAUAGCUUGUUUCUACAAGCUACGCAGAUGAUUGAGUAUGACAAUAUUGUACAAUCCUCUGAGUCACUGCGUCCGUUCAAAUGGUACUCUAUGCAUCACUUCCCCUUUCCUGCCUACAUGUUUCUUGUUCAGCAACUACGGCACCGCGUCUCUGGUCCGAUGGUAGAACGUGCGUGGGAUGCCAUAGAGAAGAACCACGAUCUUCGCGGCCUCAUGAAUAAUUAUCACAACCCUAUGCACAUGGCAUUUGGUGGUCACUUUGUCAAAGCUUGGGAUGCACAUGAAGCCUCCCUUAUCGCUGCCGGUCGACAGCCUCGGAGGCCAGCGUUUCUUGGACCUCUGCGCGAGCGCGUUGCAGCUCGUCGACGGGCAAAGCAAGAGAGAAGACCCGACCCUAAUCUUUCCCGACCUCAGAUCGGCGUCCCGCGUUCACAAGUCACGACGCCUUCUUCCACAGGUUUUGCCCCUUCUGUUGGACAUAUGACCCCUGUGACGGUACACCACGGCCAACGGGCGAAUUCGGGCUCUGUUGCUUCUAGUGACGAGCCUGGAGAGAUGGACUGGACAUUUAUGAUGUCAGGCUAUAAUGACACCGCCAGUUUUACUCCGAUGGGUGGUUUUGGAAGCUUUAGCGGCGGUGGGUUCGGCGGAGGGAUGCCUGGUAUGCCACCCCCUAUGGGAGGCAUGGGACGUGGCCCUCCUCCCGGCGGCAAUAUGUUUGGAAAUUAG